CCAGUGGCACACAGUAGGCUAUGAGAGCUUUCACACGACACGAUCACGGGACGGGAGCCGUGUUGCGCCCGUGAGCACUCACUACAACACACGGUCGUCGUCCCGUGCCCGUGCGUCAGUGGUGUACAGCAUCCUAUGAGAGCUUUCACAUGGGACGAUUUUAGUCGUCUCCUUGCGUCUGUGGCGUGAGGUUGUGUGCGCAACGAUGGGCGAGGAGAUUGACACUGAACGGCUAAUUUCUUUGGUGCAAGAGAGGCCUGUUUUGUGGGACAAGACAGAGGACAUAUACAAAGACAGGAAUGCUACAAAGAAUGCAUGGAAAGAAGUUUGUAUGGAACUGAAACCUGACUUUGAAGAAUUGGAGGACAGAGAGAAAAAUACAUUUGGAAAAGAUGUCAUGAAAAGGUGGACGAACGUUCGAGACUGCUACGCCAAAUUUAACAAGAAAACAAAAGAAGCAAAAAAAUCAGGAGCAGGUGCUUGCAAGGUGAAAUCUUAUAUCUACAGCAAGGAACUACAAUUUCUAUCAAAACUAUAUGAAGAACGAGACACUCAGGACAGCUUUGAUGGUCCAGGAACAUGUGAGGAAGAACAUGAUAGAGGCGCUUCUUCCGAUCCAUUACCUAGUCGAAAAUCGUCUAGCGGAGCUAGCGACGUAGGGCGAAAACGGAGCCGCAAACUAGAUCCAUUUGAAGAGCAAAUGCUAAAGAUUAUGGAGGAUGAUGCGAAAAAUAGGCACAUGUCAUUUUUCAGAAGUGUUUUGCCAUCACUGGAGAAGUUUGACGAUGACGAAGUACUUAAAUUUCAGAUGGAUGUUCUACAGAGCAUAUCUAAAAUUAAGGAAGGAAAACUUAGGAAAACAACCACUCAUAACGUCCUCAUGUUUUCUCCUUCCGGUGGUUCUCCGUAUCCGACAUUUUGGCAGCAUCAAUCCUACCCUCCCCAUACUAGUCUGCCGCCUCCUGCCCCGCAUCACCAUUCUCAAACAUCCCGGUUCCCCAAUGCAGCUCAACCCGGCCACGUUUCAGGCGACUUCCAGGGCUAUGAGCAGCAGAUGUCUUCAAGCUACGCCGACAAUGCAGUAUCACCAACUCCAACACAGUUUUCAAACGAUUCUAUAGAUUUUACAAGCUAAGAACACAUCAGUUGCAUUAACAUGUGCUACAUAUAUGUUACCCAAUAAAGUAGAUAACUCUAAAACUAUUUCACUUACCUCAAUGUUAUAGCUAACAUCUCUUCAGGCUUAAUGCAGUCUCUCAUGUUUGUA